AUGAGGUCGCUGCGCUGUCUCUCGGCGGAGGCCCUAGCAGCCCACGCCCCGGCGCCCUUGCACAGCCUGGACUGCGUCGCCCGCGAUCUCUACCCGCUGCUCUUCAAAGCCAGCUUCCUGCUGGAGCGCACCGAGCUGCUGCAGGCGCUGCUCACCCAGUGGCCGCUGGCCGAGUUUCGUCUGGGCGCGCUGCUGGCGCCCGGCGCCGACCACCCCGGGGACCUGCGCGACCGGCCCUGCAGGCCGUGCCUGGAGGCCUGCGUGCGCGGCCUGCGGGCCCACGUGCUGCGCGCAGAGGGCCGCGCGCGCCUGCGCCUGGUGGACCUCACAGGGCUGCGCGACGUGCAGGAGCCGCAGUGCCGCUGCGGCCACACUCUGGGCCGCUGGGGCCGUACGGCGCUGCUGGCCAGGGCCUGCUCCGAGCUGCGGGCAGAGCACGCCACCGGCCACCCUGUUGAGGUGCUGGCGGACCUCUUCGUCACCGAGGGCAACUUCGAAGGGGUGGUGUGUGCCCUGCAGCUCGCAGACCCUGCGCCGCUGAGGCUGCGCUGUGCCACGCUCCGCGCUGACAGCCUGCGCCCCGCUCAGCUGCUGCAGGUGGUGCACCUGGCGGGCCCCGAGGCGCUGCGCCGGCUGGAGGUGGUACACAACGUGCGUCUGCAUGCAGGCCUCGUGGAGGAGCUGCUGGCGCGGGGGCGCUUCCCCAGGCUGACCGCGCUCACGCUGCCCGCCAACGCCCUGGAUGCGCCGCCCCAAGGCCCUGCGCCCCAAGGCGAGGACCCUCACCUGGCUGCCAUCGCGCGGGCGCUCGGCCAGAUGACCCAGCUCACAGAGCUGAGCGUGGCCUUUUCCACACUGACCGGCAAGAUCCAGCAGUUGCUCGGCCCCCUGCAGACCCCGCUGCGGACCCUGGACCUGGCCAACUGUGCCCUGAGCCAUGAGGACAUGGCUUUCUUAGCCAGCUGCCCCCACACCACCCACCUAGAGGUGCUGGACCUCAGUGGCCAUGACCUAGUCAGUCUGUACCCUUCCACCUUCUUCCGGCUGCUGGGCCGAGCUGCCCCAGCCCUGCGGGCCCUCACCCUGGAGGAUUGCGGCCUUGGGGACCAGCAUGUGAACAGGGUGGUCCUGGGCCUCAGCCCCUGUGUCCAGCUGCAGGAACUCCGGCUGCUGGGGAACCCGCUCUCUGCCUGUGCCCUGCGUCGCCUCUUCGCUGGCCUCUGUGAGCUGCCCCGGCUGCGGAGCAUCGAGUUCCCAGUGCCCAGGGACUGCUAUCCCGAGGGCACUGCUUACCCACAGGACCAGCCGGCUGCGUCCAAGUUCGACCAGCAGAAGUACGAGGAGGUGGCAGGGGAGCUGCGUGCUGUGCUGCUGCGGGCUGGCCGCCAUGACAUCCAAGUGUCCACGCCGCUCCACGGGGCCUUUGACCCUGACACCCAGGAGACGAGCCAUGAGCUGGGUGUCUUCCUGCUGCAAGCCUUCAGGAGUGCACUGGACAAGUUCUCGCGAGCGUUGGAGCAGAUGGAGUAG